CGGGGGUUUCCUGGGCUUCUGCGCAGCUGCUCCCGGUCGUCGUGGAAACCGAUCAGCCAAUCAGAGCGUGUGACCCCGCUGGCUGACGCGGCGGGCAUCUCAGUGCGCUGUGGCAGGGGAGCUUCCGCGGUUCUCGGUAACGGACAGCGAUGCUGAAGGCCAAGAUUCUCUUCGUGGGGCCCUGCGAGAGUGGCAAAACAGUGUUGGCCAACUUUCUGACUGAAUCUUCGGACAUCACUGAAUACAACCCAACACAAGGUGUGAGGAUCCUAGAGUUUGAGAACCCACAUGUCACCAGCAACAGCAAGGGCACAGGCUGUGAAUUCGAGCUCUGGGACUGUGGUGGCGACUCUAAGUUUGAGUCCUGCUGGCCAGCCCUGAUGAAGGAUGCUCAUGGCGUGGUGAUUGUCUUCAAUGCUGACAUCCCAAGCCACCUAAAGGAAAUCGAAAUGUGGUAUUCCUGCUUUGUCCAGCAACAGUUCCUCCAAGACAGUCACUGCAUGCUUGUGGCCCACCACAAACCGGGCUCUGGAGGAGACAAGGGCAGCCUGGCUUUCUCCCCCCCCCUAAACAAGCUGAAGCUGGUGCACUCGAACCUGGAGGAGGACCCCGAGGAGGUCCGGGUGGAAUUCAUCAAGUACUUAAAAAGCAUCAUCAACUCCAUGUCGGAGAGCAGAGACCGAGAGGAGAUGCUCAUCAUCACUUAGUGUCCAUGUGCCGCCGCCUCCCAAGUACCGCCGACAUCCCACCCAGCUGCUGACACGCCCUCUCCUUGUGGCUAUCCAAGUGUUCCUUAUCUGCUAGAAGGCACCAGGAAGAGUCAGGCAUGGUGGCACAUGCUUGUGAUCCCAGCCCUUGGGAGGCUGCGGUAGGGGGACUGAAUGUUCAGGGCCAGCCUGGGCUACAGAGGGAGCCCUUAUCUCAACCCUCCUCCAGAGGCAACAGGGUGCCUGCCUUUCCAUCUCAGCCAACACACCAUAAACACAUCUUCCAGCAGCCUUCUGGUGCUGAGUUUCAGGCUGAACUGUUUGGUGGUGGUUAAUGGAGUGAAAUGGCCCAGAGUGGAGCCAUGUGACCUCUGAUGUCCCUGAGUGUAGAGAGGCUAUGGUGUUUCUUACAGAGAACACAUGUGCUAGAGCUGCUGCUUCCUGGCUUGGCUACAGUGAUAUUUUCCAUAAAAGAAUAAACCACAGGGGCCAGCGAGAUGGUUCAGUGGGUAACAGUACUUGUUGCCAAGCCUUACAACCUGAGUUCAAUCCCCAGAUUCCCACUUAAAGGGGAAGGACAGAUAUGCCUCCUCCAAACCCCACAACACAAACACAGUAUAGAAUUUUAAAAAGAAAUCAGCCAGAGAUGAGUCAGUGGUUAGGAACACUUGUUGCUCUUGCAAGGGACCUGAGUUCAGAUCUCCACACACACACUGGGCAGCUGUGCCUGUAACUCUAGCUCCAGGAGAUCCUGUGCCUUCUGAUCCCAAGGGUGUACACACACUCACACACACUCACGCAUACACUCACGCUCACACACAGACACAGACACACACACACACACACACGCGCGCUGUAUUAGUACUUUUCUGGUGCUGUGACAAUGCACCAUGACCAAGGCAACUCUAAGAAGAGUUUAUUUGGGCUCAUGGUUCUGUAGAGAUAGUAGUUCAUCAAGACAGGGAGACGUGGCAGCAGGGACAGGAAACAGGGGCUCAUAUCAAACUGCAGACACGUCAGAGAGAGCAAGCAGAGACGGGCACCAAAGCCCUCCUCUGUAGGCAUAGUUCCUCAAGCAAGGCCACACCUCCUAAAACUCCCAAACAGUGCCAUCAUUAGGAGACAAGUAUUCAAAACACCACACAAACACAAAUGCACACAAAUAAGCCCUUUUUUAAAGGGGGGGUCAACAAAUGAGUGGAUCGGUUGUGUGGUUCUACAGUAGAGCAUGCACUUAGAAUCCCCCAGGGAGGGGCUGGAAGUGUGGCUAAGAAAUCGAUCACUAGCUUAGCAUGUAGGAGACCUUCGGUUCCAUUUCUAGAACUGAAAAGAUAAAAAUCAACAAUAUAAGGUGUCUUGUUAAAGGAGUGCAAGGGGCUAGGGAGGUGGUUCAGUUGGGAGAGCGCCUGACUCGCAAAGCUGAGACCCAAGCCGUCCCAACCAGUGUGAAAGCGCUGGGUACUGUGGCUUGUACUGGUCAAGUCCCAGCACUGGGGAGCCAGGGACAGGCACACCCUGUGGCUUGCUGGCCAGCUAGCCUAUUCUGUUGUGUGAGCUUAAAGCCCAUGAGAGAUCCUGCCUCCGAAACAAACGUGUGGGCUGGUGAGUUGGCUCGGUCAUCAAUUGACUUGCCACAGCAGCAGAAGUGAGGACUGAAGUCAGAGUCUCGGAACUCAUAAACGCCAGGCAAGUGCAGCAGCUCCCAUAACCCGGUAUGGGGAAAGCGAACGCAGGACUCCCGGUGCAGACUGGCUGACUGGACAAGCCGGUACCCGCCAGCUCUGGGUGCAAGAAAGGUAUCUGUCACCUUUGGGCCUCUGAAGGGGCACACACAGGCGCACACACACAGGCACACACACACACAGGCGCACACACACAGGCACACACACACAGGCACACACACAGGCACACAAAUACACACACACAGGCACACACACACACACACAGGCACAUGCAUAGAAACACAUGUGGUGUCUGAAGGACCGUUACCAAGGCUGUCCUCUGGACUUCACACCCACGUGCACACAAAGGAAGCACGUGCUUAUGAUCACAGCCGUCAGGAAGUAGAAGCAGGAGAGUCAGGAUCUCAAGUCAGCCUCAACUGUGUAGCCACUGCAAGGCUAGCCUGGGCUACGUGAGCCCCUGGAUCGUUUCUAAACAACAAGCAAACACCGCAUGCGGGCGACUGGGGGAAAUGCUGGGACAGGUUAACAGGCUCAGGUCCCAGCAUUCACUGCAGUCACCAUUCCCGGUGACCUGAUGGAACAUUGCUAAUGUUAACAAGAAAAGGCGGGAGAUGACGGUGCUGCCAAGCCUGAUGACCUGAAUUUGAUCUUCAGAACCAUGUGGUGGCAGAAAAGAGCCGACUCCUGCAAACUGUCCUGUGUCUCCACACGCACACCCCACGGCACACACAUGGUCACAGAAAAUAAAAGCCAAUAAAAUAAGCAAGAA